AUGUGGCAACUACAAAGUAAUUGUCAGUUGUCACAGGUUCAUAGUUCAAAUUUCAAAAGAAAACAGUAUCUUAUCAUACAUUUGUUUGUCAAUCGUUUGCAAGUUGCGUCUUUGCAGGUAUAUUUAAUUUGUACGCCGCAUGAUAUAACCUCAAAAUCCCUCAUGGCGAAAUUACCCGUGGAGAGUCCUAUCAAGCCUGUUAUAACAAAGGCAAAACAAAAACGUAAGGCAAAAAUAAAUAAAUCAAAACCAAACGCAGCUAAGGCUGAAGUUAUUAAGCAAGUGGUAGUAGCUCUAAACAAGGACAAGAAUAAGAAAGUAGCACCAGUAAUUAAAGUAGAAGAAAAAAAAGGUAAAACGAAGAAUGCGGCCCAUGUGGUUAAAGAAGAAAAUAUAGGUAAACAGAAGAAUGCUGCUCCUGUGAUUAAAGAAGGAAAAAAAGGUAAACAGAAUAAUGUGGUCACCCUAGUUAAAGAAGGAAAAAAAGAUAAGAAGAAAAAUGCUGCACCUGCAGCGAAGAUAGCAGAAAAGGAAGAAAUGAAUAAAAAUGAAGUUAGUGCUGUAUUAGAUAGAGAAAAAAAGGUUGCACAAAAUCUUCCUUCUGAGGAACUAGCAGAGAAAUAUCCUAUAUUAAAAAACAAAGAUUUGGUGACAAAAUUUCUUGCAGUGUCAAUUACAAAUAAUCAAAAAGGUCGAAUUCGACAACAAUUUAGAGACAAUUUAAAGGGGACAUCAGAAUCAAUUCUUCCCGAUGUAAUUCAUAACAAGAUAAAAUCAAUAGUAAAGGAUACAGAGAGUCUAUCAGACUCAGAACUUCGGAAGAUAAGAAUACUGUAUAAUAUGCUUAAACUUGCUACUACUAAAGAAAGCAGUGGAUUAUCAAAAGUGACAAAAAAUAAGAUGCACAAGAAAAAUAACAAAGGUAAAAAUAAUUCUGAAAAUGGAACUGGAGAGGCCAAAGAAAAUGGUGUGGAAAAAGAUGAUUCUAAAAAAGAAAAUGAAAAUAAGAAGAAGAACCCCAAAAAAGCUGUGAAAAAUGAAAAAGAUGGUGAAACCAAAAGUGAUGAGAAAAAACAAAAUGAGAACAAAGUGAAAGGACCAAAGCGAUAUGUUGCAUUUGUUGGAAACUUGCCACUUGAUAUUGAUACAGAAAAGAUAAUGAAACAUUUCUCUGAGUUGAAAGACCACAUAGUGGAUGUGAGGAUACCGAAUGCAAAGGAAGGAAAGAAAUCUGCCAUAGCAUAUGUGGAGCUAAAAAAUGAACCUAGUUAUGAGCUGGCUUUGUCAAAACACCAUUCAAUGUUGAACAACAGACGCAUCAACGUGCUUUACUCCGCACAGCAGAAUACGAAACUCAGUAAAACUGAAGUUAAGGGUAAAGCAGCAAAAAUGGUCGCAUUACAGAAGUCUGGCAAACUAGCGGGCAGCGUGCCACUGAACAAGAAGAGGAGCCAGAGACGGGCCAAGGCGAAGAAAGCGCAAGCGACAGCUGAUGAU